AUGACGGAAAGAGAACGAUCAGCUGCUGAGAUGGAGGCGAUCAGGCAAGCUAUGAUGGAAGAGCUUGGUAUUGGUCGCAGAGAUGCCUUGCCACUCGAAGAUCGAGCUGCCAACGUCCCAAUGGUACCAUUGUCAUCCAUCAACAGACAAGUUAGGCCAGAACACCCUGCUUCCGCUUGGCAUAACCUCAACCUCGACGAAGCUGAUCCUGGCGUUGAAGACCUUGACGAUAUUGCCGGUGGACAAUUAUAUCGACUUCGCAGAGGUGGUAUUGGCCUAAGCAACAGUGGCAGAGGUGGCCAUUCUGCAGGGCACGGUCGGGGUGGAGCUUCAAAUAGAGGUGGUCAUGCAUCUGGGGGUGGUCGCGGAAAUCUUGCAGCAAGAGGUAAAAAUACUGAUAAUUCUGGUUCCGGCCAAACUUACUACAACGACGCAAGACGUAGUGGCAAAUCACAUGCUAAAGUUGAUGCUGGAAUUGCUCGUUUACAACGCGAGGCUGAGUUCAGCAGAAAGAAUCGAACUGAAGGCCGCUCUUUCAAGGCGCCUCAAUCGACUUCCAAAUCUACAAAGCCAGUUCACCGAGCUGCGUCUCCUGUAGUCGCUCGUGCUGCUCCUCCUCUGGCAAAUCGACUUAUAAAUUCGAGGUUCAAGCUCACGAGUCCUGCAACCUUUCUUUCGCACAAUAAUAUCGGCUCUAGCCCAGUUGCAACAGCUCCCGAGCCUGUUGUUUCUGCACCACAAAACAAAGUCGAUGAUGAUCUUUUGGUACCACCAUCAGCUUCUAAAUUGGCACCCCAAGGUAGCCUUGCGGAUUCACGGUGGGCAUCGCCUUCAGCUCCACUUGUUGACAUGUCUGGAUCAGAUGACCUCAGUCGAUCUGCUACACAUGCCAAUACUGCAAGCGCCUCAGUGUCAAUCCCAUCUCUUCAGCAAGUCGUACCUGCCGUUAACUCUAACGCUUCAAUGUCGAUUUGUUCUGCUCAACAGAUCAUCCCAAUUGUUGGUGCAAACACGUCGGAGUCUGGCCAUUCUGUUCGAUCGGUAUCACCAGCAAUCCCAACAAAUGCUUCCGAGUUGGCCAAUUCUGUUCAACAUGCUACUGUUGCCGCCCGCCUGACUUUAAUAACAGAUGAUGUAAUGAUCCACCCCAUACCAGUCAUUGUUUGCACUUUGGUCAUUGAGAAACCUGUCAAAGUUUGCAAGAACAACAGUACUUUCAAACUCGGAACUGCAAGACUCAUCAAACUCGAUGAGAAAUCUCCUUUAAUCCUCGAAGUUCAAAUUGGCAACGAGGUUAUUCUGAACGAGUUACUGUCAGAGGCUGCGAUAUUCAAAGUCGAUAUGAAGGAUGGGAAACCUGGGAACACUGUCACAUAUCGGGCCAAUCCUACGACAGAAAAGAUACCCACCUGGAAGUUAUAUUUUCAGCUGCCUGGUAUAGCAAAGAGUUUUGUUAAUUAUCAUAGUUUCAGACUCUCAGAGUUGAGACGUAGCGGUGACUCUCCUCACUCCUCAGAACAAGAAAGCCAGGGUCCACUCGUACUUUUGUCUCCCAUUUCAUCAUCGGCAGAAAAAAAGUUGACCGAUGCUGAAAAAAGUUAUCUUAAGAACAGAAUCAGCAGUUCUACAUUUGCUGAUCUUACUUUGAUUGAUAGCGAAGAGAUUCUUGUCCCACUCCAUGAAGAGGAAUGCAAAGCUGAGGAUAAUGAAGUUGAAGAGUAUUCCCACUUCCAGGAUCUUUUGAGCUUGAUGGAAGGGGACAUUGUUGAAGGUACACUCCAGGUUCUGAAUGCAAAUCACGGCGGUUCUUUUUAUGAUCACGUUUUUCACUUGGCCAAGAACGUAGGACUUGAAAACGAUGCGCAUUUCAUGAAACAUGCCAAAAAUGUUUUCAUUGGCGGACUGUCAUCCUCUCGUUAUUCAAGCUCAAAGCCUAUCUUGUCAGUCACCGAAGGACUUGUUUCGGACUUCUUAACAAGAUCUGAAACAUUGUUACGAUUUCCUCAGGAGUUUAUUGACGCCUACAUCAAGGAGAUCGCCAAGAAAAUUCUCGACAUGGCUCAAAAUUUCCAUAACGGUACUCAAUCGGCGACUGCUAUCCCCGCUGAGAAAUCUAGUUCUGUCCAGGCUGUCGAAUUGACUGAAGUCUCUGAAAUUGUUGAUACUGUCAAGCCUGUGGAGCCUCUUCAAAUUGUUGAAGCUACCAAACCCACCGAAACUAUCAGCCCUACGCAAGCUGCCAAGCCUGCUGCAGUUAUCAUGAAUGUUAUUCCCAGACCCAAGCGAGUGGCUUAUUCGAUCCAGGAGAUGAUGAAGAUGCGACCAAAUGCCACCUUGACCAGUGAAGUACUCGCUGCAAAACAUUGUCUCGAAAAGUACCUCUCUGGGCAUAAGCUACAAUACAAGAACUCCCCCAGAGCCACUGCUACAAAACUCCAACCUUCUGAAUUGAAAACUAAUUUCAGCAGCAAACUCAGCUUUGAAGAAGUUUCACAGACUUUUCGACAAGAUGAGCAUGCACCAGGAAAGACCAGCUUUGUAGCCUCAUCAGGCGCCUCCAAUCCUCCAGAGUCUUCCAGUGUACAGCAUGAAACACCAAUCAACGUCAGCAAGAGCCUCUCCUCCGCAGGCGAUAACAUUGAAAGCAUCGAAAAUGAUUUGUCUCUGUCUAUUUCUGCUGAAAAUGAUGUCAAAAUGCCAUCAUUUGAUGCUCAUCACCAGGAUAACUCUGAUAAGUCUAGUGGAAAAUGCCCCAUCGCUCCUCAAUCCGCUACUCUUAAUUUAUCCAAGAGUUUGUCCGCGGCCGAUGAGAACAAAUCAGAAGACAAGAUGGACUCUAGAAGCGGCGAUAGUCCUCCCAAGCUUCGAUCAAACAGAGGUCUGAGCACUUUUAGGUACGCUAGGCCAGAUGUCAUUAAUCAAGCAACCGUUCUUCGUGCUUCAUCUGGUUACAACCCUACUGCACGUCAAGUUGUUAAGAAACAAGAAUCUCUACCCCUUAAGCCACGAGAAACUUUGACCAACAUUGAAAGCUCCGAGGUUUCCAAGAAUGAACCUAAAGGUCUUGCUUCCGCCUCCGAAACUGAAAAGUCUAAGUCUCAAGAGACUAAUCCAAAUACUCUCGCCAAGGUCAUGAAAAAUGAGAUGAACUUACCAAAGGUAGUGGAACAGGGUACUCUUAGAAGUAAGCAUACUGUGACAAACUCAGACGUCGACAGACUCGCCCAAGUUUUUAGUGAUUUGGACUUUAAGGCUGAAAAGGAUAAUGGCACAGUGGCCGACGUUUCACCGGUUCCAGAGCGCAGUACUAGCCCUACAGUUGAAGAGCUUCUCCAAAAGAAGCGCGCGAGUGGAUUAUCAACGUCUAGAUGGGCAAGCCAGGCUCCUGCUUUGAAAAGCUCAUCUCGUACUGGACAAUCAACUCCCACGACGAGCUACAGUCAGUUGACAUCGAGCAUGCCACAAGAUAACAGAUUGUUUUCUCCUCAGAGCGCCGUAGCUAUCACACCGUCUCGCCCGUUUCCUUCCAGAUCCACCAUGUUGAAUGGAAGACCUGUCGAUACAGAUAGCGAUGAUGUGCUGAAGGCUACUGCGCCAGUUUUCACACCUUCCCCCAGAAGAAUGAGAGUACUGUCAGUAGAACAGUCUUGUCCCCAGUCCGCAAUCGUCAGAAUCCGCAACAAGAAGCCAUUCAGGCCAGACUCAACAAGAGCUUGGCAUCAAAGCGAAUGUAGGAUAAAUGUGGCAAGGUAG